UGGACGGUAAUUAAUGGAAUUUUCUGUCUUUGCAGCCCUCUCGGAUCGACCGAUGUUUGCCGAGCCGAUACCGAACGUCACAGUGCCAUUGGGGAGAGACGUCAGUUUACCCUGCGUCGUAGAAAACCUCGGUAAUUAUAAGGUAAUUAAAUCGAAGAAUGUAUCAGCAUUUCGUAUUAUUCUACACUUUCCCAAAUUCCUCGUAUUUUUCCUCAAUCCUUAUAAGAUGAACUAGCUUCCCGUAUAAAUUCUUAUAGGCGACGAAGUGUAUCUCAAUCGAACGAAACAAACACAAUGCGUCAAUCGAAUAAUAUAACUCUUCUUCUUCCUCAGAAAACUUCCUCUCCCAAUUAUCACGAAGAGAACCGACCGAAUCGACCCGACUAAUUUCCAUCCUUCCCCUUUCCACGCGUUCCAAUUAAACGUCUUGAAAUAACACACGUCCGUGUUACGUUUACAUCUCGAAAUUUGCAUGCGUAUAAAAUUUUCAGACGCUCGAAACUCGGGGGAAAAAAUUCUUCGUUCGAAAAUUAAAAUAAUUUUUAUUACCUAAUUCGUGAGGAAAAACAAAUAAUCGAAGGAUGAAAAAUACGAAAGUGACGAAAACGUAUUACGACUGUAUCAUUCGAUUCUUCGAAUUUUCUCCGUUUACGUAAGCCACUCCUUUAUUACGCAACGUCGUGGGUAAAUAAUAAAUGGCGGCGCAGACGUUGGAACGCGCGCCGCCCCCGGGUUUUAAAAUAUUUACGGUAUCUGGUCCCGAUGUAUCGAUUCCCGCCAAGGCGGAAUAUCCUCGUGGCGGGAACGUUUUGUCGUGCACGCUCGAAAUCCUUUUAUUGGAACGAUUUUAAUGGAACGGCGCGCACGAAGGAGAGGAGGCGCUCUCCAUUCCAGGGCGAGCCUCGGCUCUAGGUGCCGCGUCGGGCGUAGCACGAAAAGCGUGAAAAGCCGUUCUCAAAGCGAGUAAACAUGUGUCACCGUGUCGAGCGUCCAUUUUUUGAUAGGAUAUCAAUGUGAACAUUGGUGGUGGUGGUGAUGAUGGUCGUUUUGAAGAGCGUUUCCGUUCAUUUUGCUCUUAUCGAUAAAGUUUGAUUAACGAUCGGGUGUGGCGUGUUUAUUUUUCGUGAGAUUAGAUAGCAUAUUCGUCGAAACAACUAUUUUCUGAUGCGAUAAGAGGGAGAUAAAUUGUGGCGUGGAUCCACGUGGGUCGUCAGAUGUUGUUGACCAUCCACAAGCACGUGGUCGUGAAGAUACCGAGGUUCUCGGUGUCCCACGACAAUCAGAAGACCUGGCUGCUUCACAUCAACAACGUGCAACAAGACGACCGGGGCUAUUAUAUGUGCCAAUUAAACACGAACCCGAUGAUGAGCCAGGUCGGCUUCCUUCAAGUCGUCGUACCGCCCAACAUUUUGGACUCGUUGUCCACCGAAAGCACGGUGGCGGUUCGUGAAAAUCAGAAUAUCACGCUCACGUGCAAGGCGGACGGGUAUCCAACACCGAAACUGAUGUGGAAGAGGGAAGACGGGCAGAACAUAAACAUCAAUCGACAUCACAAAGUGCUCCUGUACGAUGGCGAGCAAUUAAACUUGACGAGGAUCACGCGCAAUGAAAUGGGCGCGUAUCUCUGCAUCGCGACCAAUGGAGUCCCGCCAACAGUCAGCAAGAGGAUCACCGUGGACGUCGAAUUUUCGCCGAUGAUCUUCGUGCCGAAUCAGCUGGUCGGCGCACCAGCUGGCACGAACGUAACGAUCGAUUGUCACACGGAGGCUUAUCCACGCGCGAUGAGCUAUUGGUUCCUCGGCGACGAGAUGAUACUGUCCAACGAGAAGUACACGACGAGCAUCAUGGAGAACAGUUACAGGGCGUACAUGAGGCUGACCAUAAGGAAUCUACAGGCUGGUGAUUUCGGCAAUUAUCGUUGCAUCAGCAAGAACUCGCUGGGCGAGACAGAGGGCUCGAUCAGGUUAUAUGAGAUUCCAAAACCAUCGGCUGCGCCGAAAGCCACGGAGAUCAAGAGCAGCGCCAACAAAGAAGGACGACCGAGCACGCCGUCACCAGCAAAAAGGCCGACCACCGUGUGGCCAUCCUCGUACAACCCGUACUAUACGAAAAGGACAGAGAGGCCGCCUCCCCCGAGCGAGGAGAGGGUCGAGAGGCCAGAGCAGAAGCUACGUGGUGGGCAGAGCACAGGAAGCGCGUACAUCAUAAGAUGGAGCGCCCCUCAGUUGAUGGUGGUUGCGGUGCAGUAUAUCCUCACGGGGCCCUACAUGCCCCCGUACGUGCCCCAGACGGCGAAUUAGAGGAUGGAUCUGAGGGGAAACGUGGCCGAUGUUCGUCCAGCACCAUGGUUUUUCCUCUCGCGCCCUGUCGCGUCGUCGUGACCUUUGCGAUAUCGUCGCAUCCCUAUGGGGUGAGGGAGGGAGGGGGAGCCGUGUACGACGAUACCUUCGAUAUUUUCCAUUGGAUAUGUCCAAGAUAAUGGAAAAAACACGCCUCUUUCGUUUUUUUUCUUUUUUUUUUUUUCUUUACGUCGAUCCAAAGAAAGAGGGUAUUUUCUUUGAAACGAAAGAGAUGAUUGAAAUAUAUAUAUAUACAUGUUCGAAUUGUUUUAUCAUUUCUUUUCGAAUUGGCUUUAAGGAAAUAUGCUGCUUCGUUGCAUCGAAGAAGCGAAAACGAAUUGUACAUUCGGCUAUGAUAUCCCAGAUAUUAGAUUGACGGUUGAUGGGAUACAUUAGCGAAAACAGACGAAAUUAUUUGCCAGGUGGUUGUACACCUUCAAUUGGAUUGUUAAUUGCAAUCGAAUAUUAAUUAGAAUAAUUGAAUUACGUUAUAGGUUGGCUGCCGGAUUACGGGCUUAAUUAGCAUCGGAUAGUUAUUGUGAGGCGAAUUAUCUUGGUAAAUUAUUUGUCAGAAGUAAUGACGUA